AUGAAGGAUAAAGAAGGCGUGAUGCAUAAUGAUCAACAAGAAAUUGCAAGAAUAUUUGUCGAAUACUAUCAGAACUUACUGGGAACUAAGGAAGAACAGAGAACAAAAGCUAGUGGGAACCUACUGGGAAAUGGUUGUGAUCUAAAUACUGCUCAACAGGUGCUGCUCAUGCAAGCUUAUACUGCUGAGGAGGUAAAAGAAGCAAUUGGAUUUUUUAGAGCAGCUUGGAGUGUCAUUGGUAAUGAUGUGACUGAAGCAAUUUUGGAGUUUUUUGAAAAUAGGAAACUGUUGAAACAAAUAAACUCUACAAUCAUUUCCCUCAUUCCCAAAGUGGAUGCACCAGAACUUGCAAGCCAGUUUCGACCUAUAUCCUGUUGCAAUGUAAUCUAUAAGUGCAUUUCUAAAAUGAUAUGUAUGAGGCUGAGAAAAGCGAUAUCAGUGGUGGUGGCUAGUAAUCAGGCUGCGUUUGUGGAAGGGAGGUCUCUAAUACACAAUGUACUGAUAUGUCAUGAUUUGUUGAGACAUUACUUAAGAAAGACUACUCCAAGGUGUUUGAUGAAGAUUGAUUUAAGGAAAGCGUAUGAUAUGAUUAGCUGGGAUUUCAUUGAAGAAGCUUUAAAGAGCUAUGGAUUUCCAACUCCGUUUGUGCAACUGAUUAUGAUUUGUGUUACCUCAACAAGGUUCACGGUCUAA